AUGCCCUCCUCAACCCAACGCAUAGCGGUAGCCGGCGCAGGCAGCCUAGGCGUCCAUGUCAUCCGCGCUCUGGUCGCAGCAUCCUACCCCGUCACAGUCCUCACUCGCUCCUCGCAGCCCAAAUCACUGGACCUUCCAUCCGACGCGGACGUCAAGUACGCAACAGUCGACUACACUUCUGUCUCCUCCCUCUCUGCCGCCUUGCAAAACCACCUCGGCGUCGUCUCAACAAUCACCUCUACAGCCACGGGAGAACAAAACCCACUAAUUGAAGCCGCCGCCAAUGCCGGAGUCCAGCGUUUCCUACCAGCGGAGUUUGGGUCGAAUAUGGCCAAUUCCAAGACUCGCGCACUGCCAGUAUACGGCUACAAAGCAGCGACUGAGGCCAAGAUGAUUGAAACCGCGAAAGCAAACCCAAAUUUCACUUACACAAUGGUCCGCAACGGCGUCUUCCUCGACUGGGGCCUGCAAUACGACUUCCUGCUCAAGAUGAAAGAGCACUCAAUCACGAUCUUCGACCAAGGCGAACAGCCGUUCAGCACCACAACCCUAGCCACCGUAGCAAAAGCCGUGGUAGGCGUCUUCCAGCAUCUCGAUAAGACCAAGAAUCGCGCCGUCUACGUCCAAGACACAGUUAUCACGCAAAAUGAGCUCCUUCAAAUGGCGAAGAAAGGCAGUGGGACAGAAGACUGGAAGGUCGAGAGAGUGACUUCGGAGGACUGGUAUCAGAAGGCGAUGGCGGCGCUGGGCAAUAGUCCUUCGGGUGAGGAGCUGGGGAAGAUCAUGGUUGACUUGUUGUAUCCUAGUAUCUAUACUGAGGGCUACGGGGGCGAUUUUAGUGGCAAGAAUGAUAAUGAGCUUCUUGGUGUUAGGGAGAUGAGUCGGAGGGAGGUUGAGAAGGUGGUUGCUGAUGCUUUUGCUUGA